AUUGGCCGCUGUAUCACCGCCCGCUGCUUCACUCGCACAUCUGCAUCCACCACGCUGGCGCCCCCCACCAGACUCACCGCAUCCCCCUCCCCCUCCUCCUCUCUCUUGCCUCUCGCCUGUUCUGCAUCUGCAUCUUCGCCGCUGCAGUCCGUCUCGCAUCGUGCUGCACUUCUUUCCCGUCACUUUUCGUCGUCGUCGUCGUCAUCGUCGUCGUCCAACAUGGCCUACUCUAUCCGCAAGAUCGGCCAGACCAACACUCUCGAGCACCGUGUUUACAUCGAGAAGGAUGGUGUCCCUAUCUCGCCUUUCCACGACAUUCCCCUCUUCGCCAAUGAACAGCAGACCGUGCUGAACAUGAUCGUUGAGAUUCCUCGCUGGACCAAUGCCAAGCAGGAGAUCUCCAAGGAAGAGUUCCUCAACCCCAUCAAGCAGGACACCAAGAAGGGCAAGCUCCGCUACGUGCGCAACUGCUUCCCCCACAAGGGUUAUCUCUGGAACUACGGUGCUUUCCCUCGUACCUGGGAAGACCCCAACGUUGUUCACCCCGAGACCAAGGCCAAGGGUGACAACGACCCGCUCGAUGUGUGCGAAAUCGGUGAGCUUGUCGGUUACACCGGCCAGGUCAAGCAGGUCAAGGUGCUGGGCGUCAUGGCCCUGCUUGACGAAGAGGAGACCGACUGGAAGAUCAUUGUGAUCGAUGUCAACGACCCUCUCGCCCCCAAGCUCAACGACAUCGAGGACGUCGAGCGCCACCUGCCCGGUCUGAUGCGCGCCACCAACGAGUGGUUCCGCAUCUACAAGAUCCCCGACGGAAAGCCCGAGAACCAGUUUGCCUUCUCCGGCGAGUGCAAGAACAAGAAGUACGCCAUGGAGGUCGUCCGUGAGUGCGCUGAUGCCUGGGAGAAGCUCAUCACCGGCAAGUCCCAGCCCGGUGAGAUCAGCCUCGCCAACCUUAACGUCGAGAACUCGCCCGACCGCGCCGACACCCGCCGCGUUGCUGAGAUUCCCCAGGGCCAGAACCUUCCCCCGGCCCCGAUCGACGGUAGCGUUGACAAGUGGUUCUUCAUCUCCGGCGCUGCUGUUUAAAGCAUGCACUCCAACAAAAGAAAAAGAUUGCACAUGUUCACUAGUGGUUAGAAAAAGUUCCACAUUUCAACCUC